AUGCUGGAGGAUAUGCUUCAGAGCUGCAUCAUUAAUCUUGAAGAAAGUUGGGAGAAGUACCUUCCUCUAGUAGAAUUUGCCUAUAAUAAUAGUUACCAAGCCAGCAUAAAAAUGGCUCUGUAUGAAGCGUUAUAUGGGAGAAGAUGUAGGACUCCCUUAUGCUGGAUAGAGUUAGGUGAGGAUAAGGUAAUGGGCCCAGACUUUGUGAUACAGACAGAGGAAAAGGUGAAGCUCAUCAGAGAUAACCUAAAAGCCACCCCAGAUAGACAGAAGUCAUAUGCUGAUUUGAAAAGGAAAGAUAUAGAGUAUGAGCUAGGAUAUCUGGAACUAUAG